GUGCGUGUGGUGUUGUGUGAACUUAGAAUAAGUUCGUGUGCGUACUUAGUUGUACCUUCAUAAAAAAGUAAAAUGUAAAAUACUGUUGUUUUGAUACAUGGUAUAUGCGAUUAGAGCAAGUUUAAUGAAAGCGCCGGCUACUGUCUCCAAAACAACCAAAUUGGCCUAGUUAGUAUAGCUAGUGCCAAAAGCGGACCACUAUAUAAUCGGCUCUCUACGCAUUUUUCACUGAUAGCUUUUCUUUUUUCUAACCUCAGCUUUCACGGUAUAACCUGUUGGAGCAUGCGUGCAUGCAUUUUUAUCUCUCAUCUUCUUUUCCUGCCUUUUUUUUUUUGCCCUUUGGGGAGACAAAUCUUUCCGUUUCACUUCCCCCUUGGGCCAUUUGAUAAAGUCAUCCUUCCAUCCAAUAUCCAUAUAUGAUUUGAUUCCCAUGGUCAUGGUGGGCUGCUGGCUGCUGCUAUGCUAGUGAUCGAUGGGUGAGUUGCAGGUGAGCUCAGCGCACAGCGCCGUGGACUCGCUCCUGGGGCGGCUGAUCCGGAUCCUGGAGGACGAGGCGAGGCUGCUCGGCGGCGUCCGCGGCGACGUGCAGUUCAUCAAGGACGAGAUGGAGAGCAUCAACGGCUUCCUCCUCCACGUCCUCCACCUCGACCGCCCCGACCACCAGCUCCAGGGGUGGACCAGGCAGGUCAAGGACCUCGCCCGCGACUGCGACAACUGCGUCGACGUCUACAUGCAGCGCCUCGCCGGCGCCGGCUCCGGCGGCAGCGCGCGGCGGCUCCUCAGCACCCCUAUCGUCAGGCUCCUCACGCUGCCGGCACGCCGCCGCAUCGCCACGCGGAUCCGGGAGCUCAAAUCGCGCGCCUGCGACGUCGGGGAGCGGCGGCGCAGGUACGGCGUCGUCGUCCCCAGAACCAGAAACAAUGCCGCCGCCGCCGCCGCCGCCCGUCGCGGCGGCCAACGUGGGCUGGCGAAGAGGCAGCUGUCGGAGGCUGGCGGCGGCGACCACCAUGCCGACGCCUCCUCCGCCGGCAACACCACCAAGCAAGAUCACCGGAGGCGCGCGCUGCUGGAGGAGGAGACACCCGCGAACCUUUUCGCAGGUGAAACCGACACGCUGGUCGGCUGGCUGCUGGCUGCCGCCGACGAGCACCGACGGCCAAAAGUGAUAUCAAUCAUACGACCUGAUGACGAGGAGCUCGUCGCAGCUGCCAUUGAUCCUGUAAAGCGAGCGUUGGAUGAUCCGCGCAUACUUGAAUUGUUCCAAAUCAGGCAGUGGCACAGCGGCCAAUCUCAUCCCGGCUGGGUUUACCAAGACAUGAUGACACAAAUACUCCCUAUGAUUCAGCACAUGCAUCGGGCGCUGGGAGGGAUGGUAUCCGAUUACGACAAGAGGAACAAGAGGAGAUAUACGCGGCUGAAGAAGAAAAAGAAGAGAAUUGUGGUCUCAAAUUUUUCGAGAAAAAAUCUGGGCUCAAAGGGGAACAAAUUUCCUGUAGGAACGACGUUUGACGAGGUGAAGGAAUUUAUCGGUGGAACAGCAUCCGACAAGGAGGAGGAGGAGGAGGAGGAGGAGGGAUUUCUACAAGCAGCGGCAAUGGAAGUUCAUGAAGGAUUUGCAAUGGACGUUGCCAAGAUUAUUUCAGAAACGAUGGCAUCCGAGAUGGGAUUUCAUCAAGGAAUGACAUUUCAGGAGAUGAUGGAGAACUUCCUGAAAGAUAAGAGCUACCUAAUUGUUCUUGAUGAUGUUCCUGAUGAAUCGCUAUGGCGUGGCAUCGAAUCAGCUUUCCCCGGCAACACGGCUCACAGUGCCAUCCUGCUGACAACCCGGUCACCUGCCGUAGCCUACUCCUGUUCACCACAUGACAGAGUCUUCCCUCCUCUGGAUCAUCUCAUCGACUUCUUCCAUGCCAAGGCUGUCUCCCUGGUUGAAAACUAUCCCAGCAACGGUAACCUGGAUGAAGUGAUUAGAUCCAUACUGUCAAAAUGUGCCUCCAACUCCACUGACAUGUGCAUCAGAGCAUUCCUCCAUGUCCUUUAUGCCAAUCCUAACAGGAACAGGGAAGAACUUCAGGGCUUGUGUGAUAGCCUGCAUGAUUCACAUGGUUUAAUGCUGGAUGAAAACAUGCAGCAAAUCCUGAUGUUCUGGUACAACGACCUGCCUGUCCAUUACAAGAGCUGCUUGACGUAUCUCUCUCUAUUUAUCCAAGAUGAUGGAAGCAGUAGCAACAGUACUAUGAUGAUCAGGAGAACAAGCUUAGUCAGAAGAUGGGCUGCUGAGAGCAUAAACACAGAACGAAACGGGCAGACAGCGCUGGAUGAAGCCGAGCGAUGCUUUGGUGUGCUCUUAGCAAAAAGAUUUGUUCUUGAGAGAGACAUCGGCGCUUCUGGGAAGAUCAAGAGCUGUGCAGUGAAUGGCUUGAUCUCAAAGUUCAUCACCAAGGUUGCUAGAGAGGAUAACUUUGUGGAUGCAGAUCUUCAGCCAGAUUUUGCACACCGUGUUUCGAUUUGGAACAGGAGUCAGCUGCAACAGGUCCUAGCAGAGCUUCAGGCUUCUCCACGCCCCAGUUCUUCCUCAUGCUGGAACAUGCGCAAGCAUUAUGAUCAGCCCUUGGAUGACCUCACAAUUUUUCUGAAGUCAUUGCCAGCAUUCUCUCGGCUGGGAUUGCUCAAAGUGCUGGAUCUAGAAGGCUGUGAUGGCUUAAAGGACCAUCAUCUGGAGAACAUCUGCAAACUAUUUCAGCUCAGGUAUCUGAACCUUCGAAGAAGUAAGCUCACCAAACUUCCCAAGAAAAUUCAAAAUCUCCAGCAGCUGGAGACACUGGACAUCAGAGAAACAACCGUGAGCUCAUUCGCUACAAAAUCUUUAGUUCUUCCAAUGCUAAAACAUUUGCUCUCUGGAUACACCCAACAACAAAAUGAACAGACCGAAAAAUUUUCCACAGUGCGUAUGCCACGUGGGAUCGGAAGCAUGACAAAUCUGCAGGUAUUGUGCCAUGUUGUUGUUUCUGGCAUAGAAGAUGAGCUGAUGGACAUUGGGAAGCUACUACAACUUAGGAAGCUAGGUGUGGUCUUCCAUGGUGACCAAAACAGCUUCAAGCACUUAGUCCAGGCAAUUGAGAAGUUGCAUAAAAGUCUCAUCUCUCUGUCAAUCCGUGUUGAAGUACCAGAUGGAUGCGAGAAUUUUCCUGACAUGAACAUGGCAGAGCCUACAGCAUUCUCAUAUCCAAAGCUUCUUGAGAGCCUGAACAUAUGCGGCAUAAGAUGUGGGCUGCCUCGUUGGAUCAAGGAGCUCAGCCGACUUGCGAAGUUAACUCUUUGCGACACUCAUCUAGGAGAACAAGAUAUGGCAGUUGUUGGCAAUCUCAAAGCACUGCGGUAUCUCCGGCUCCGGUGCAGGUCAUAUGUCCAAAGCAAGCUCACCCUUGGGGAAAAACAGUUCCAGCAUCUCAAGGUUCUUCUCAUCCACGGCGAAGACAUUACCGAUAUCAGCUUCAGCAAGAAUCCUAAGUUGGAAAAAAUUGUUUGGAGUUUCAGGGAGAUGAAAUCCAUUUCUGGAAUUGAGCGUCUUCCGAGCUUGCGAUCAUUUGAGCUUCAUGGUGACUGCAACCCAGAUAAGGUGGAAAUUGCUCUAAAAGAUCACCCCAACCAUCCAGAUUUGGAGCAUCAUGGUAACCGUCAAGGCCAGGGAGACGCUGCUGGAAGCUUGGAUGCUGAUGCUGCCUCAACCUGUGCCUCAGUCUCAGCUCCCAACCAUCCAGAUGUGAAGCAUCCUGAUAACCGUCAAGGCCAUGGAGAUGAUUCUGCUGCCUCGACCUCUGCCUCUGCCUCAGCAUCAGCUCCCAAACACAUCCAGAGUAUUACUUGA